AGAGGUCAGCGAUAGUUUUCAAGAUGGCGGCCCUCAAUGUGCUGGUCUCCGGCUGCGGACGGUUUCUCAGAGGGCUGUUGACAGGCCCGACCGCGACCAGCUGGGCUAGGCCACCAGCCCGCGGGUUCAGGGAAGUGGUGGAGAUCCAAGAAGGGAAGACGACUAUAAUUGAAGGCCGAAUCACAGGGACUCCCAGGGAAAGUCCAAAUCCCCCCAACCCCUCCGGCCAAUGCCCCAUCUGCCGCUGGAACCUGAAGCACAAGUAUAGCUAUGAGGAUGUUCUGUUGCUCAGUCAGUUCAUCCGGCCACAUGGGGGCAUGCUGCCCCGGAGGGUCACCGGGCUGUGCCAAGAAGAGCACCGCAAGAUAGAGGAGUGUGUGAAGAUGGCCCACCGAGCAGGUCUGCUCCCAAAUCACAGGCCCAAGCUUCCUGAAGGAUUUGUUCCAAAGACCAGACCCCGACUCAACAGGUACCUGACCCGCUGGUCUCCCCGCUCCGUCAAGCCCAUCUACAACAAAGGCCACCGCUGGAACAAGGUGCACAUGGCUGUGGGGUCCCCCCUCCUGAAGGACAACGUCUCCUACACGGGCAGGCCUUUGGUGCUGUAUCACUGACUGAGAGCAGGGCCUCCUGAGAGCCUGAGCUCAUCCUACACUCCCACCCCAUCCCACCAGGGCGGCCCGGCUCCUCCAGUGCAGAUGGCACGGGAGGGCGGCAGGUCUGCUCCAGUGCCCGGGACCUGCACCGCUACGGUGAUGGGCACUGGCGGCAGUCAGGGCAGGCGACCCUGCGCAGCUGCGGUGGUCUCACGACUGGCCUGGGCUCAGGGCUGGGGCACCGGCCCUUUGUCUGAAGGAAUAUUAUAAACCAGGCUUGUGCUCCCCC